GUUUACUUUCUUUCAAGGUUUUUUUUUUUUUUUUUUUGUCAUUUUGUAUAUUCGUUUUCUUUUGUUAUUGUUUUCCCAUAAUCCGUCACCAUCAUCACUGUCGUGAUGGCGUACGGCACUCUCAUCUUCUGGGCGCUAUGCCUAGUGCCGCAACACGCCCUCGCGGUAAACCACAUCGACAGUGAACAGUAUGCGAUUGGGUCAGAAGCUUGGAAGCGAGCAGGAGACCACUUGAACGAACACGUCCCGGACCUGGCCCUUCACAAACGCCAGAUAAGAACCGCCGAUGCAAUCCCCCUCCGCGUCAGGGGUGCAACCCAAUCAGAUAUCGAUGCCGCUCGGGACAUUGUCCAGGUCGCCAUGGCCGAAGCCGGCGUGCGCAACCAGAAGCGCAUGCUACAUCCGGCCCGCAACAUGUACUACGCCGAUCAGGUAUUCGAGUCGACGCUCCAGAAGCGCGACGAGACGGUUCCACAGCUACUGAAAGUGUCAGAAGAGACAGCUUCAGCCGCUGCGCUUUUGGCUGAGGCGGACUCGCUCAAGUCUCGCCCAUCACUGGCAAAGAGGACGGCCAAUGGCAAGACCAAGUUUUGGAUGGAGAACAUUGCGCGCAAGGGCUCCAUGCCUUGGGGAGAUGAUCCGGACUACCAGGUCUUUCGAAACGUUAAGGACUUUGGCGCCAAGGGCGACGGCAUCCACGAUGACACUUUUGCCAUCCGACGCGCCAUCCUCGCCGCGUCCAGCAAGAAGCCUGAAGUCAACGUCCGCUGCACGGGUGAUUGUGCAGGUUCGACGACACAGAAUGCCAUUGUUUACUUUCCUUCAGGCACUUACCUUGUCAGUGGUACGAUCCCAGCUUUGCCAGCGACACAGCUCGUUGGCGAUGCCACCAACCCGCCAACUCUCAAGGCCGCCCCAUCGUUUCUUGGGCUAGGAGUUAUCUCGACAAAGGAGUACCGCGAUAAUGCCAACGUCACCAAGAUCAAGGAAAAGCGAGACGACUCGAACGGGGCUUCCACGGCGGCUGGCGAUAGCUUCUAUCGUCAAAUCAGGAACUUCAUUGUAGACAUUACUUCGGCACCACAGGACGGUUACAUCAGCGGCAUACACUACCAUACAUCUCAAGCGGCAUCGCUCUCUUUUGUGGAGGUCCGCGCGACCACCCUCAGAAGCAAUCCGAACACGACACAGAUAGGAAUAUUCUCUGAGAAUGGCAGCGGAGGUCAAAUCAGCGAUUUGACCGUUGUAGGAGGAAAAGUUGGCUUUUAUGGAGGGAACUCACAGUUCACCGCCCAGCGCAUCAAGUUCCGCGAAUGUGGUACGGCGGUCCGACUUCUCUGGGACUGGAGCUGGGUAUGGAAGAGUGUGGAAAUUGCAAACUGCAACAUCGGGUUCCAGCUCCACGGCGACGACACCUUGAACAGUGAGAGCGAACCCAGUGGCUAUCUGGGAUCUAUCCACGUCAUGGACUCGACCUUCGACAAUGUCGCCACCGCCGUCCGCAAUGCCCCUGCCUCGCACGAGCCUGGCCAAGAGACCACCAGCAUUACUCUUGACAACGUUGCCUUUACCGGGCGGGUGGAACAUCGGGUCUGGGACGGAGAGAAAGAGUAUGUGCAGGGAACGCCCAGUAAACUCGACACGUGGACUUUGGGCGCCUUGUACUUGGAUCCUUCCAAGCGUGAUCUGUCUCUUGGUUUCGAGCAUGAGACUCGUCGCGAAGAGAGCCUCACUGGAAACAAGACGACCUCUUCGUUGCCCAAAAAGGCAUACUUUGAGCGCCCUAAGCCUCAAUACACCGACAUCCUCGCCGACAAGUGGGUACACACCAAGGACUCAUGCAAAGGAGACGGCAAGACAGAUGACACAUCGUGUCUGCAGAAGGUUUUGGACAAGAGAGGCUACAUCUUUGUCGAUGCAGGCGUCUACAUGCUGUCCAACACCAUCACGAUCCACCCCGACACUUUCAUCAUCGGCGAGGCGUGGUCCCAGCUCGUCGCCCAGGGCCCAAAGUUCUCCGACUCCGGCCGGCCACUACCGAUGAUCCGAGUCGGCAACAAAGGCGACAAGGGCUCAGUGGAGAUGCAGGACCUGCUCUUCACAACCAAGGGCGCCACCGCCGGCGCCAUCCUCGUCGAGUGGAACAUCAAGGCCGACGGGGAGGGCAAAGCCGGCAUGUGGGACUGCCACGCCCGUGUCGGCGGUGCCAAAAACACCAAGCUGACGCCCAAGGAGUGCCCCUCAUCGCCCUCGGGCGGUAGCAAGCGAGAGUGUCACGCCGCCGCCCUGAUGAUGCACAUCACCCCAGGCGCAUCGGCCUACCUCGAGAACGUUUGGCUGUGGGCCGCAGACCACAUGAUCGACGGUGCCUCUCCUGGCCGUGCCGUCAGCAACUCGGUGUAUGCGGCACGUGGCAUGCUCGUCGAGAGCAGCGAUCCUACGUGGCUUUAUGGCACUUCGGCGGAGCAUGCCGGUCUGUAUCAGUACAACUUUUACAGGAGCAAAAAGGUCCUUGCGGCCAUGAUCAGAAUCGAGACGCCGUUUUUCCAGGCUGAGAGGCCGAUGCUGGUCCAGAGAGGUAUCACUUCGAUGUUUUCGGGGGACCCGAUCUGCACGGCGGAUAAUCUUUGCGGAAAGGCUCUGGGAGCUAUCGUCAAGGGCACUAAGGAUGUCACCAUUGCUGGGGCCGACUUAUUUUCUGGUUAUAACAAGGACAAUAAGAACUGCGCCACCAACAACUCCUGUCAGAACACAGCGGUAGUUGCGGACGACAACCAGAAUCUGCAGAUGGGUAACGUCGUGUCAGUCGGUGCCAACAACACCAUCGUAUCAGACAAGAAGGCCAUCCCGGCCAAGGACAACGUCGCCACCAACACGAAUCCAAAAUGGUCACAGAUCAAUUCAGUCGCUAGUGUGCAAUCCGCCCGUGACGUGGGGUCCUGCCGCAACAUUGACGCCUGGCCAGCCAAGCCCGGCGAUGGCAAGUACUUUGACCCCAUCAAGUCCAAACUGCCCAUGGUGUACCCCAAGAUGUUUGUCAGCAUGGUCAACGGCUCCCCCCUGCGCUUCAACAACAUUCAGAAGAACAGCUACCAGAUCAAGCCGUUCGACUUUUCCAACGUCGACCCGGGCUUCAGUCCCCAGGCUUCGUUAGAGUACGGACCCGGUACGUUCACCGACUGCAACGGCGAGGCCGGGUAUCAGCUAGACGGGACGGGCAACAAGUUCCAGAUCCGGGCGACGACGAACAGCAAUGACAAGGACAACAAGAUGCGCACGCAGUACAAGUUUGACUUUCCCGUCAACGGCGUCAAGCAAGGCGCCAUUUACGAGAUGAGCUCGCGUGGCAACGACCGCGCGGUGAACUUUGUACUGACGGGCAGCGACAAGGUCGGGUAUUGGAGCAGCAUCAGCCCGCCCGUAGCAUGGAUGACGGAGCUGCUCCCCAUCAUCGGCGGGCGCAAGAUUCGCCACAUCACCAUGCUGGGGUCGCACAACGCGGGCAUCUCGGUCAGGACGGGCGGCACCAUCGGGCCAUCGGAGGCGUCCAUCUGCCAGGGCGUCGACAUCCUCGGGCAGCUGCAGGCCGGGUCGCGGUGGUUCGACGUGCGACCUGUGAUCGGAAACGGCGGACAGCUUCUUACGGGUCACUACAGCGGGCAAAAGGCGCCCGUGUUUGGCAUCAGCGGCCAGUCGAUCGACGACAUUGUCAGCAACGUCAACGCCUUCACCAAGGACAACGCGGAGCUCGUGGUGCUGUCGCUGACGCACGCGAUGCAGACGGACGAAAAGUACCGCGACCUCAACGACGGCGAGUGGGACCGCGUGUUCGACGCCAUGGAGAAGCUCGACAACCGCUGCGGCGGACUCAAGGGCCAGAUCCCGGACAUGAAGCUCGGGGAUCUGAUCGGCAAGGGCAAAGCCUGCGUGAUCGUCCUCGCCGACGGCGGCAAGGUGCGGCCAGACAAGGGCAUCUACCGACCCGGUGACAGCUUCGACUUCAUCGAGCGCUGGAGCGACGUGGACAAGGCGGCCGACAUGGCGACGGACCAGGAGUCGUGGGUGCGGGCGAACCGGAACCUCGUCGCCGACGACAAGACCAGGAAGGAUAAGUUCGCCAUCAGCCAGUGGAUCCUGACGGUCAAGUCCGUGUCGGUGCUGACGUCCAGCAUCGAGGACUACGCGCUCAACCGCGCCUACGACCCCGUCUUCUGGAGGGGCUACUCGAGCUGGAGCCCAUGGAGCUACCCCAGCGUGGUGCUUAUGGACUUUGUCGGUAUCAUCAACAAGGGAGACAAGAAGCUGACCGACAUGAGUGGGGAGGUCAGGGCGCUGAUCAUGGCUGUUAAUGUCGGUUUGGCUAGUAGAAACUGCUGGGUUGGGGGCGGCGGUUUGGAGUGAUUGAGCUGGGAUUCGCUUCAAUAAUAUUCUUUUCUUUCUUUUUUUUUUGGCGUAUUUGCAUUCUUGAUAAUUUUGGAUCAGAUAAAUAUUGGAUACCCUUUUCACGUUACGUUGAUUUUUAUUGUUUUACUUCUAUAUUAGAAUAUUAGAAUAAAUUUCUCACCUG